UCAGUCUUCAAGGGCCUGGCAGUCGGAGAUUCAAUCGAAUAUAUCGACGAGUUUGACGGUAAGAGUUGGAUGAGUGCCGAUACCGCGUGCCAAAGGAUGGUCCAUGGAUCCGCUUGGGGGGGCAUUCACGCCCAGAGGCUCGAAGACAGAUCCCUGUCCCUCGUCAAGUGGGCCGUCCAGGAGAGGUUCAAGUUCGGUGAGGGCCCCGAGAUCCACUCAGUCCUCCGAUGGGGUUACCCGAUAGGCAUCGCAGGCGUGGCGCUCUGGGCUAGGUCUUCCGAGGUGUCGCCCGCGAUCCCCCUACUGGCCUCCAACGAGUUCAUGGUCCUCUUGGGAGCCUCCAUCAACAUGUUCGCGGGGGCAAUCAGCUUCUUGGGGAUCGGGGUUUACGACCUCCCGCUUCAGAGGGCCAGGAACGGCCAGCUCAUCGUGUGCAUCUCCGAUUUCCCGAACGAGUUACCUGACUUCUCGGAUUGGGACACCUUGGAUGAGGACGCCACCCUACCCCCCGAUGCGAAGAUCAAAUGUGAACACCGUCGAGUGCGACACUUCGAGCGAGUACAACUGAACCAGGGGACCUCGGCGAGCGAGUCUACCAAGAUGGACGUACGACGACACCAGCGAUGCGUGCACUUCGACAUUGCCGACGACGGCCUAACCGAGUACGAGACCCCCGAGGGCACCAUCGAGAUCGAGCGACCCGAGUCGACUAGUCAGGCCUUCCGAGCUUCGUUGAUGACGGGCCCGGGCUUUCGGAACGCGUUCCUGAAGGCGACGCCGCUCCUGGCUGCCUUCGUCAAGGGAUGCACCGAGGGUCUGAAGGCGCACGAAGCCUACCUGGACAUGAAGGCGCCCAAGAGACGCGAGCCGUGCGACCACCAGGACUCGACCACGGGGGUCUCGACGAUCAAGGAGUACUGUGCGGGUCGCCACGGGUGGCACGCCAGGUGCCAGCAGACGGCGUGCCAGAUGAGGUGGAAGUGGAUCGUCACCGACACCAAGUGGAUCGACAGCGCCGAGCACAUCAUCUUCGAGACCCUCAGUCCCAGCACAGUCCUUCACGGCGCCCCGCUGCAAGGAGCUCUGAAGCGUCGCAUCGGCGACCUCAACCGCACCAUCUCUGCGCUCGAGGUCGAGGCUAAGGUUCGGGACGUCGUCGACAGCACCGCCCGACAGGUCAACGCCGAGGCGCCGCACCACGCGCACAUCCUCGAGGGCUUCGCCGGACAGGGGAACAUCGCCAAGCGCGCGCACCUCUUCGGCCCCACCGCUCUGCAGCCCGUCGACCUCAUCUACGGCUUCGACCUGGGCACGGUCGCUGGUCGACGGAGGUGGAACCACGCCAUCAAGACGUUCAAGCCGCUGGUGGUUAUCAUGGGUUUCCCUUGUACGAAGUGGUGCUGGUACAACUACGCGAUUAACUACCGUGACUUCCCCGACCUCCUCGCUUCCCUCCAGGACAAGGAUCGGCCGCUGCUCAAGCUUGUUGCAUGGACCGCUCUCGAGCAACAGAAGAACGGCAGGUACUUCCUCCUCGAGAACGCCGACCGGAGCCAGGCGCGGGAGCAGCCCGAGUUCGACCCGCUCUGGAAGGACCACCACACCGUCUGGGGACGCGGCGACAGCUGCCCCUACAACCUCAGGGCUCUCAACGGCGAGCUGAUGCGUGCGAUCGCAGCCAUCGCCACGUUGAAGUUCAAGGGCGCGACACUUUCCGCUCCUCAGGUAUUUACCGAGGAGCUCGCAGACAGCAUCCUGACCGUCGCGCAGCAGAUGGUUGCAGUCCGAUCGCCUGCUUCGCUCGCCUGGACAUCUAGCUACGACCAGUGCCGAUACGAAUGGCAUCCUCAGGACACCACCCCCGCGGACCACCACGACCAGCUCUACAGCGCCUGGUUCGUCGACGUCGACCGCGACACCGACGAGCGGCAAGUUGUUCUCACCCAGACGGUGCUCAUGAUGGAGGAUCGGGCCCGCGACACCUGGGAGCUGCCGCCAGGCCACGAGAUCUACCAGCGCAUCCAGGACCUCGUGCCAUGGGAGCUCGUUCGAGUGCAAGCUGCCCGGGUACCGAAAGCGCGUAGGCAUGCAGUCGACAUCGUCUACCGCCAUCGCGGCAUGGCCGCCAUCGCCCACGCAGGAAACAUCAUCGUCGAGACUGAAGCGCUGAAGGACGCCCAGUACCCGAAGCUCCGCUUCAGCGAGCCGAUCGCCCUUGCCAUCUUCUUCUUCGGGAACGCGCCUGAGUCGGCUUGCGCCGACGGCGAGCUGCCUUCCGAGGGGGGCAAGCCAUCAGUCUACCUGGCGAUCGACUUCUUGAAGUGCGAGGCCUGCGAGCGGACUCACCCGCCAGCGAGGCCCAAGCCGAUCUCCGCGACGAUUCGGUACCUGGGUCAGUUCGGCGAACACCUCCAGGCCGACUUCUUUACUAUCGUAGACGUCACCAACACGCCGCACCACAUGUUCGGUAUCAUAUGCCUCAACACGCACCUCCACCGCGCGAAGCGCGUGGUCGACCGCUUCCCCGAGACAGUUGUGUCCGCCUUCCUGGAGGCAUGGGCGUUACCGUUUGGCAUGCCGAGGGCCAUCACCGUCGACAUGGAAGGCAGCUUCAUGGGCUAUUUCAAAGAGCGGCUCGAGUCGUACGGGGUCAACGUCUCCUACUGCCCGCCCGACGCACAUUGGCAGAUCGGGACCGUCGAGAGGCAUAACGCGUCAUGGAGGUGGAUCUGGAAUCGGACAUGCGACGCCUGCGCUGCGAAGACCGCCGAGGAGGUUGACACGACCACCAUUGCCGUCAGCGAGGCCAAGAACAACGCAGUUCGUCUGGCCGGGCGCUCCGCUAACCAGUGCGCCUUGGGAUGGACUCCUCGCAUUCCUGGCGAGUUGCUCUCCGACGACCACGGCCUUGCCGUCGCCGCCAACGCCACUAACUCGCAGCACGUGAUGAACAACGACUUCUACCGCAUGGAGGCCAAUAUCCACACGGCCCACUUUAACUACGAGCAGCACGUGAGGAAGUCGCUCCUCAGGAAAACCAGCCACUUGCGCUACGACCUUGACAAGCUCGUCGCAGGCCAGCAGGCUUCGUCACUGGCACCUUCCUACAAUGGGACGGCGGACAACAAGGACACGGACUCGGCCGCAACGCUUGGGUCAGAGUCGGUCAGACCAUCAAAGCUCUUCAGCCGCGAACAGCUUCGACCAGCCAUUGGUUUCGAGCAGUGGGCACCCGAUGCCAAGGACAUCGAUGUUCUUAAGAGCAGCUACGACCUCAUGAAGGACGACCUCUGGGAGGACGAGCGAGACGCCGGGCCCGCGCCCGACGACCUGGCGGAGGAGGCCGACAUCUUCGUCGACGACGGCCGCAACCUUCUUCCAGGCCGCGAAGGAUUUUUGCCUCCACAGCCUGCCGAUGCAGAUCUUCCUGGAGCUCAGCCCGUUCCAGUCGAGCCGCCACCAGCCGCGGCGGCCCCGCCUCAGCCAGAGGCGAGUCCGUCCGAGCCGACGCCGGUCGAGACCGAGGUCCCGCGCACGAUCCCUAUGGACGCGGAGGUUACUCAGGCCACUGACGCCGUCUCCGCCGAGCCGGACACGAUCGAGACCGAUCUGAAGGUCAGCACCCCCAGGUCGCCCCGCAGCCGAGCCGCCGAACACGAAGUCCCUCCAGAGGCCGACCCUCCAGACGAGAAGAGGCCCCGCGUGUCUACCUUGUGUGCCCAGGCUUGGCUGACGUCUUUCUGGGCCACCGAGGUCGGGGACGGGGCUGACGGCUCCGACGAGACACCCGCCGUGUUCGCCAAUGUCAGCCGCUACGCCGACUACGCGGACGAGAUCGAGAUCAUCUACGAGGUGAACGCCAUCGUCGCCGAUGACGGGCCCAAGCUCCCCCUGGUGCCCGACUCCGAGGACGACGAGCUUGCCGACAAAACCAGCCCACCAUGA